UCAUUGAAAAGCGCGCAAGCUUGAUAUAUGAAAGAGGGAAAUGGUUGUAUUAUUGCUUACAUUCUGAUCGUAUACUUCUCGAUUGUGGCAAGUCUUCGACAUUUUUUAAAUUCAAAAUAUCUUAGUAUCGGUUUGUAGUAGCUUGAUUACCUCGUCGUGUUAUUAGUCUAUGAUGGCGAAGAGAAAUAGAAAUUUGGUUUCGUGCAUCAUGGCAUCCCAAGUUUCUGGAAAAUGCAUCAGAACAAACAUGCUUCCCAAAGAUUUCAUAGAAGAUGUGGAUCGCCGUUUGAAUUUUAAAGAGAUACCUGUUAUUUUGGCGAAGCUUGAACGACAUAGCAGUCUCCAGAGGUUUAAUGUCACGAAAUGUAUGAGAUACAUAGAGGAACUUUCACACUUCUUCUCAGAGACAAUGAGUGUAUCAGAGAUGUUUUACAGCGAAAACGAACUUCCAGUUUACACGAAGGAGAGAGCUCGAAUUGGUCAAGUUUUAAAUUUAUUCGGUGGAGUGGAGAUUGUGGUGCAAAUCCUUUUUUAUCCUGUUACUUAUGGCUUCAAGCUUUGCAAGAUAAAACCAACAAGGCUGCAGCAAACAGAAUUGUACCUAGGGUGUCUUGAUUUCAUCCAUAACAUUUGUCUUGUGGUUGAUGGAGUUGCUAUUAAUUUGGCAAAGAGAAAUGAAUUGAUUAGUCAUUUGUUCACUCUCCUAGAACAAAAGAAAACCUUUUCCCGUGCAUUGGUGGUAUUAGAAGAUCUGUUUGGUUCCAGAAAAGAACUUAUCGAUUUAGACCGCAUUGUAAAUAUGAGAAAACUGAUAAACAUCUUAGAUCAGAAACAACUGGGGAACUUUUGUCGUGUUUUGUCAUUUACCUUAUCAGAUUUGGAAUCUGUAGAGGAGAGAAGUACUUUGCUAGCCCAAGAUGAAGUGGACAGAAGAGGAAUGUCACAGAAGGAUGUUGCUGAUAAUAAUCAAGCAACACUCAUAGGUUUAAAGGAAUUUCUCCCAAGGAUAGUUAGACUGGCAUGUCAGCCAAUGGUAGAGAGAUCAUCCCAUUUCCUGGACAUGGUUGAUUUCCAAACAUUCUUGCAAGAUGUCUUUAUGUCAGAGGGGCUUGAUUUAGAAUCUGAUGAGCAUGAAUCAUUAGGACAUAGGACUUUACGAUCUUCUUUUAGCCACAUACAGGGUCACAUACAUGAGGUGAUGCAUAAAGUGGAGGUUUUCUAUGUCCUUUGUUUGUUCCUGACUGGAAAACACAAGUUAAUUGUUCAGAAGAAGCUGUCAGAAAUGAGACUGAUUCCUGGAAUGAGCCAGUUGUUUGACAAAAUGUCAUGGCUCAAUGAAACAGAAAGAAUGAAUCAAGAUUUGAUGGACUUAGAGAUUGCAGAUCAUGAGUGUACACCGCAAACUGCGUUGAAGAUCCAGUUCCUGCGACUAGUUCACAGUUUCUGUGACAGGCACGAGAAUAAGCAUCUUCUUUUAACACCCAGAGAGGUGGAUGAACUUCAAGAGUUAUAUGUUCAAAAUGACCUGGAACUACCUGAGAGUUUGACAAACACCAACAGGAAAUUGUGUUGUACUGGAGAAAAAGGACUUCUUUCAAAAAUUCUAGAAACACUGAUCAGAUGUCCUCCUACUGCUCCACUUAGAUUUUGGCUGUCCAGAGCAAUUGAGGGAUUUCUCCGUGGCAGAGCAUCAGUUGGCGAUCAGCUGUUUCUCAUCAAGAGAGGUCUUCUUGAGCACCUUGUUGACCACAUCACAAGUGAGGAACUGAAACCAAAAGAGAUUCUUCAAAGUAGCUUUGAUCUCCUGGGGGAGUUAAUGAAGUUCAAUCAAUUUGCCUUCAUAAGAUUUGAUCAGGCUAUCAGCACAAAACAGUUUGAGAAGUUUGUUGGCAUCUUGACAUCAAAUGUUGUGGAUUCCAACAUGUUGAUUCGUUGUUUGGUCCUGUCACAAGAACACUUUCUGUCAAGUCCUUUUGCAGAUUUUUCAGCUGGAGCAUUUAAGCUUGGUUCACUUAUUAGCAACUGGGAGCAGAUGAUCUUCCUUCUCUACAAGCUCAUCAACUCCAUUACUGUUGGAACACUGACACAAGAAAAUGUCAGCUGCCUUAAUACGACCCUUGUUUUCUUGAUGUUUGCACACAGACAUGGAAAACUUCCAGCUUAUCUAAUGGCCUUUGUUAGAGAAGAGAACAUUCAGAAGAACCCUGGAUUUAUUCUGACAAACUUAAGACUCCUUUUGGAAUUCUGGAAGACUCACUACUUGAAAAGAGGAAAGGAUUGUUCAGCUCUUGAACAGAGUUCCUGUAUCAGCUUUGAUCACUGGAAACAAGUUGUUGAUGUCCUCUUGUCAGACUCUAAUUACAGCACAUCAGUCCUCCAUUACCUACCAUCUUCUUGCUCGAGGGAAUCUUAACAGACAGCUGUCAAUCAGAAUGAAACAAAUCUGGGAAAUACACCAAAUGAAGCCUUUCAGCUAUAAAAUAGGCCAUCAAGCAGGUCUUGAUUGUUCAAAGCAGAGUGGAUUUUCUCUACUUGGCAAGAAUUGUAAUUUUUAUUCCCCUAGCAGUUAAUAACUGAUCAGAUUGUGAUGGUGAAGGUCUUUCAAAAAGAGAUUUAUAUUGUGAUAUACAUUGCAUUAAUAAUAAUAUAAUGUUAGGUUGGUUCCAAAAAAAGAAAAAUAGGGACAUCUUGUAUUUUCUUUGUGUAAGUAGAUUAUUGUGUAAGAUGGAGGAUUUGUGUACAUGGCUCAAUAAUGCUUGAAAAAAGAAAAGUGUGCUAAUACACUUUAGAAAUUUUGGUAAUGCCUACCAUUUUUUUUGUUUUUGUUGUUGAAGAAAUGUGUCAUUUGAACACACAAGUGACAUGUGGAAAAAUAUUUUGUGGGUGGUGGUUGGGAAAACACUCGUUGUAAGGUCAGUUGUAAAGUUUUCAACUGUUGUUAUAAUGGAGAAUGAAUAUCUAAUGGUUUUGUUUUUAUCUUAGAAUGGUAUAUCAAUCGUUUACUGUAAAUUGCAAGCUGUAAUUAAAUGCUUUUAUGGAUAUUUUACGUUUCUAAAACAACUAAAAAAUAUGUAUGUUGGUUAAGAAAGUAUCAAAAUGUAGGUUAGCUUUCAUUACCAAUCUCUGAGCACAAAUAAAGGGUUUGAUUGUCUUAUCAUCAGUUUAUGAUGUUUAUGAAGGUAGCUAGAGGUAGCAUUUAUAAUACUGUAUUUAUUGCUACAUUAUGACAAUGUAUUAUAAACAAUCUUAGUCUUGUAAAAUAUUAAAUUAUUUUUAUGAAUUAUUUUUUUGUAAGACUUGUACAUUCUGCUAGAAAUUUUAAUAAAUG